ACAUUUAUGGAUACUGAUUCAUAUUUACCGCCAUUAACUGUAUAUAAACUGUCAGAGUUUACUAUUGCGCAUGCGCAGCUUUUAAGCGUCAUUCGCCAUUUUUAUUCAAUGUUUACAUUUAGCUCGCAAAGUUUUUUAAAGUUUUUCCCUUAAUUUGAUGUUUUCACCGAGGCGCUUUACUUGUUAACCACCCUGGGAUUUUCCGAGGACUUUUGGAUAUUUGUAACGGUUUCAGCGAGCAUCCAAUUUCUUUUUUGCCAUUAUUAAUUGUGUCUGCAAAAUUACAGUGAUAAACCACCCAUCCUCAGGAUUAUGGCUUCCCGUUCGAAGAGAAGGAAAACAGUAAGCCAGACAGGUCAGACGGAAACUCACGCUCUAGUGAAAGAAUGUAUGGCUGCAGCCUUACCGGUAAUAGAGUCGGUGGUGAAGGAGUGUAUUGAAAGUAGAAACCGUCAGAGCAGUGAGUCUCCAGCAGUCCAACCUGGACCGUCUGUUCCUGAUAGACCUUCAACCCAGGAAUCGACGGAGACCGUAGUCAGGGACAACCCAACCUUUCAGGCCAUAAUUCAGUCAGGUAUUGAAUCGUCAUCCACCCUUACUGCUGUCCCUGAAAACAAUUUCCCCUUAGGGAUAGCAAGACCAGUGGGCCUAGGUGUUGACACGAAAAUUAAAGCGAAAAUUUAUGCGAAUGAAUACAUUAAGCUGGCUUCAUUAAUCCCAAAAUCAAGUUUUGAGCAGGAGCCCAAAUUUAAGUCAGUCGAAAAAGAUGGGCAAUUAGUGUUUAUAAAGGCAAUUGACAAUGGGUGUAUUAAAACUCUUCCUCAGUGGACUGAGGCCUUUCACGUGUUUGUAGCCAUACAUUGUACGAAAUACCCAUAUGAAGUUGGGCAACUCAUGACCUAUGCCCAAAUCAUCCAGGGGAUAGCAAAAUCAUGUGGGGAUGAUGCGGCCAUUAAUUAUGAUGAAAAAUUCAGACAGUGGCGCCAAGUUGCUCCAAGAGCAUGUCCUUGGGACAGAAAAAAUUCAGAGCUUUAUCACAAACAAAAUCAAAGAAGCAGCCCUUUCGAAACCCACACCUUUUACAGGGUUCGUUCAGGGUGUACCGUUCUUCCAAUUGAUGUGUCCACGCAGACCAGGUGUCAGGAUCUUCCCCCAUUUGCCUUCCCCGAAGUUCCCGAGAGCCGAGAAGACAUCUUGGCGUACAUUCAAUGGUUAGAGGGAUUGUCAUUCUCGGUGCAUCAGAGGAAGAAGGUGGCGGAGGAGAAGCUUCGUUCUGUGAUGUCAAACACUCCGGAUCUGCUGGCGGAGAGGGAAAAGCGGCGGAAGCAGUUGGAAGCAGAAAACCUGCGUUUGCGUAAGGAACUUGCAGAUCUAAAGGCGGCUCAUCUUCUUUUUCCAGAACUGUGA